CCGGAAAAUGUGGGGCUUAAUUCCUGUGUUGGACUGCUCCCAGCUGCUGCGCUUCUGCCCUUCGCAGUGCAAGCCCUUCGUCUUCCCCAUCACGACCCCCGACCCUUGGGUGGACCCUCCUAAGCGCACCAUGUCGGACCAAGCUUUUGUGACACUGGCUACAAAUGACAGCUAUGCAAAGGGAGCGAUGGUCCUCGGCCAGUCAUUACGAAGCCACAACACAACCAGGAAGCUGGUCGCUUUUGUGGGGCCACAUGUUGCAGAACCUUGCAGAGAUGUGCUGCGCUCCAUUUUUGAUGAGGUGCAUGUGGUGGACGUGAUGGAUUCAGGCGAUUUGGCUCACCUGGCCUUGAUGAAGCGUCCGGACCUGGGGGUGACAUUCACCAAACUGCACUGCUGGACGCUCACGCAGUACAGCAAGUGUGUGUUCAUGGACGCUGACACACUGGUGCUGUCCAACAUAGAUGAACUCUUUGAGAGAGAGGAGUUAUCUGCAGCUCCAGAUCCUGGUUGGCCAGAUUGUUUCAACUCUGGGGUAUUUGUCUUCAGACCAUCCAAUGAGACCCACGAGAAGCUCAUCACAUUCUGUGGUGAAAAUGGCAGCUUUGAUGGUGGGGAUCAGGGAGUUCUCAACAGUUACUUUAACACCUGGGCGACAGCAGAUAUUUCCAAACACCUUCCCUUUAUCUACAACCUCAGCAGCAUUGCCAUCUACUCCUACCUACCAGCUUUCAAACAGUACGGCCAAGGCGCGAAGGUGGUGCACUUCCUGGGCAAAGUGAAACCGUGGAACUACUCCUACGAUGCUCAGAGCGGCGAGGUCAAAGGUCAGUCCUCACCUGACCCCUGCGUGCUGCACCCUGACUAUCUCCUGAUGUGGUGGCAGGUGUACACCAAAUCUGUGCUGCCUUUACUGCAGAAGGCCUACGGAGACACUCCCUUCCUCAGCGGCUUUAUAGAGCAGAGCGAUGAGGGUAAGCUUCACGAGGAUGUAAGAGAGGAGUCGGUGUCCUCUCCUCCUUCUGUGCCUCAGAAAAUUUCAUCGGAGGAGCGGAAGCAGCGCUGGGAAGCGGGCCAGAUCGACUACAUGGGUGACGACUCGUUUGCCAACAUCGAGGAAAAACUUAACUCUUUCCUAAAGUAGUGGGCGACCGAGGGAGCGUGAUGGACACCGGUUGAAGCUCUGUGAGGUUGGGUGGGGGUGGAAGGUGGGAGUGUAAACCACCACUCAGUGAAUCACAGGGGCUUGAUUGGCAGGUGACUGGAUGAAUGCUUCUGAGCAAAUUUCGGUCUCCACCUCUGCAUCCUGUUAGUGUGUAGAGAGUUAAGUGUGACAAAAACAAAAUUCCCAUGCACUCCACCUUCCACUUUUUUUUCCUCUUAAAGGAAAAAUUGGACAUUUUAGGAUAAAUUACUUUCUUUCUAAGAGUUAGGGGAGAAGAUUCAUGUAAAGUGUGAAGUUAUAGCAGCAGCUGACCAACUAACUCCCUUAGCACAGAGACUGCAAAUAGUCGUUAUUAUCCCUCACCUAAGUGCUGUGUAUAUUCUGAGAUGUAAUUUAGUUGCAUAGCUAACAGUACAAAAUAUAUAUAGAGAGAGAUAUUUUAAAGAAUCCUAGAGAUGUGUACUGUGUAUCUGGAGUAUUACAGUAUAGUAGUAUAAUGGAGUAUUUGUUAUGUUGAAAAAAACAAAGCUUAAGCCAGUAUUUUCACUGAUCCCUUACAUUAGCAAUGGAAGACAGAGGUUGUGGACCUCAGCUUCACCCCAUGCAAACAUUUUAAAAGUCUGGGUAGAGACUGAACAUGUAUUAGUUUGUAUAAACUGUCUUUGGACAUGCUUUUUACAACUGAAAUUAAAAAUUUUAAUUUUUUUCCCUCCUAUUUACCUGCGCAAGGUUAUGUGACCCAAUUGCCAAGCGAUGUAUCGAGUUCUGAGGUCACAAAUAUUGAGUGGAAGCUGCUAGUCUGUGUCCAAAGUUAACAAAGACUAGCGAUCGAUUAGAAACUCUCUACAAAAGUGUAAAGAAACAACAGUUCUGUUUUAUAACCUGUAACGUAUCAAACUAUUUUCCUGGCCAAGCACCUUGAGCCACAUAAAUACAUAAACGCUGAUUUUUAUUUUUUAGUGUUCACAGAUGAAUUUUAUGAUGAAUAAAUGAGCUGCAAUCGAUGAACCUCCAGGUGCUGGUUGGUCAGUUGUGCUUUGGCUGUUUCUCCAGCUCGAGUCUUCAUGCUAAGCGAGGUUAUCCAGCUGUGUGGAGCAAAUCCUCUCACCAAACUCUUGACAAGAAAGGAAAAAACCUGUAGCUACUUCCUAAAAUGUCUGUUCCUUUUAAGUGCACCUGUUGAAAACGGGACUCACAGUUCCGAGUCUUCCUGAUCUUUGGAAAAUCCGAGCAGCUCAGCAGAAAUGCAGUCGCUUUAGGAUUUUUCCGUCUAUCCUACCUGCAAUAAACCUCUCUGUCUAAACCACUUUAAAGCAGAUAUGCAGACAGCUGUUACAAUCCCGCUUUACAUGACAGUUCACCUCACUGGAGUGCACAGAUGAGCGUUCCUGUCUGUGCCUCUGAGACUCACCAGCUCCCUGUGACUUCAGCUUUGUGUUGUCUGGUAUCGUAUUAGGGCUAGGUGUGUUGUGUUGUAUUUGCAUGGCACAGAGUUAAAACAUGGAUCAGUAAUGAGGUGCUUCCACCCGCAUCUUCUGUUAACAGUCAGGUUUGUCUUGUGUUUUCGUGGGAUUGAACUGUAGCGCACUCCUCAGACAUGUUACCGUCCAUCCGUCUCCUGCAUGUAUGUCCCUGUCAAACUUGCAUCAGUGCGUCUGUGCCAUUAACUGGGUUUAAUUUCUUUACUUCCUUUCUGUAGUGUAACCAGCUGCCUUAUUGCUGUUCACUGUUUACAAAACCUCACUUACUGUAACUGCUGCUAGUGGCACAACGGAUUGAACGUUGACUCCGUCCCUUGCUGUUGCCAAUACCCUCUUUGCUUCAAUCCUGCCGAGUGCCCCUCAAAACGGUUACCCACAGCUGUUAAGUAAAACACUCCUGAAACAAGCUGGCAAGGUUGAGGGAGAAGUCCAUAUGUAGCUUUUUGGGUUUCAAUUGUAGUGACGUGAGUUAGUGCACAUCUGUCCUGUUUCCCAGCUGUUAGCUGUACAUCCCUCUGAAAGCUCAAAUAAAAAAAAAAAAAAAAAAAACACCUUUAAUCCA